AUGACGCCCCGUGCCCACACCGCACCUCCUCGGAGGCGUCCCGCACACGAGAGCAUCACGGACCUUGUAGUCUACGCCGCGCUCACGCCCCGGCGGGGGCCGGCGCAGCCACAACAUGUAUGGGAGGCGACAGGUCGCGACGGCAGCGACAGGAUCCCCGGGUCCGCCAUAAAGGCGGAGCUUGAAGCCCCGGCUUGGGGGGAGCGGGGCUGCCCCUCCUCCGGCGGUGAUGUCACUCCCCCCUCCGCAGCUUCUUGCCGCCCAGAGCGGACGGGCUGGGUCACCCCUCCCCCCAUCGCCAGCCCGGGAUCCCCCCAUACCCGCCUCGCCUCGACUUGGGGUGAGUACGGGGACGCAGGCGGCGGCGCCGGAGGGCCGCCAGGGGGCGCGGGCGGCGCGGGCGGCACGUGGUGGCGCCGCUGGCAGCCCCGUGUGUGGGCGCUCUUCGAGGACCCCUACUCGUCGCGGGCCGCCAGGUAUGUGGCCUUCGCCUCGCUCUUCUUCAUCCUCAUCUCCAUCACCACCUUCUGCCUGGAGACCCAUGAAGGCUUCAUCCACAUCAGCAACAAGACAGUGACGCAGGCCUCGCCAAUCCCUGGGGCCCCACCAGAGAAUAUCACCAACGUGGAGGUGGAGACGGAGCCCUUCCUGACCUACGUGGAGGGAGUGUGCGUGGUCUGGUUCACCUUCGAGUUCCUCAUGCGCAUCACCUUCUGUCCAGACAAGGUGGAGUUUCUCAAGAGCAGCCUCAACAUCAUCGACUGCGUUGCCAUCCUGCCCUUCUAUCUCGAAGUGGGCCUCUCGGGCCUCAGCUCCAAGGCCGCCAAGGACGUGCUGGGUUUCCUGCGAGUUGUCCGCUUUGUCCGCAUCCUGCGCAUCUUCAAGCUGACGCGCCACUUUGUGGGGCUGCGUGUGCUGGGCCACACGCUCCGGGCCAGCACCAACGAGUUCCUGCUGCUCAUCAUCUUCCUUGCCCUGGGGGUGCUCAUCUUCGCCACCAUGAUUUACUAUGCUGAGCGCAUUGGUGCCGACCCCGAUGACAUCCUGGGUUCCAACCACACCUACUUCAAGAACAUCCCCAUUGGCUUCUGGUGGGCUGUGGUCACCAUGACGACCCUGGGCUAUGGAGACAUGUACCCUAAGACGUGGUCGGGGAUGCUGGUUGGGGCGCUCUGUGCCCUGGCAGGGGUGCUUACCAUUGCCAUGCCCGUGCCCGUUAUUGUCAACAACUUUGGCAUGUACUAUUCACUGGCCAUGGCCAAACAGAAGCUGCCCAAGAAGAAGAACAAACACAUCCCCCGGCCCCUGCAGCCUGGCUCACCCAACUACUGCAAGCCCGACCCACCCCUGCCACCCCCGCCUCACCCUCACCAUGGCAGCGGAGGCAUCAGUCCCCCGCCACCCAUCACCCCACCUUCCAUGGGGGUGACUGUGGCUGGGGCCUACCCACCGGGGCCCCACACGCACCCUGGGCUGCUCAGGGGGGGAGCGGGUGGGCUCGGGAUCAUGGGGCUGCCUCCUCUGCCGGCCCCUGGUGAGCCUUGCCCGUUGGCUCAGGAGGAGGUGAUUGAGAUCAACCGGGCAGAUCCUCGCCCCAAUGGGGAUCCAGCAGCAGCUGCUCUUGCCCAUGAGGACUGUCCAGCCAUCGACCAGCCUGCCAUGUCCCCGGAGGACAAGAGCCCCAUCACACCUGGAAGCCGGGGUCGCUACAGCCGGGACCGAGCCUGCUUCCUCCUCACCGACUAUGCCCCUUCCCCUGAUGGCUCCAUCCGAAAAGCCACUGGUGCUCCCCCACUGGUCCCCCCAGACUGGCAUAAGCCAGGCCCCCCAAGCUUCUUGCCCGACCUCAACGCCAACGCUGCAGCCUGGAUAUCCCCCUAG